AUGACCUGGUUCAUCAACAAGGGGGAUGACCUCGAGCGCGACCGAGCUAUUACGCAUCCGUUCUACCGAACGUUCGACCUAGAUAUGGAUGAUGACGAUUACAUCAUUUACACUGAACUGAUGAUGUGCGCAUCAGACAGAGCUCCCAAAUACCCGGGGAAAUCCGUCCAACGUAAUUCUAAACUCCGUGUCGAUCUCAGCGACAUACCCAAAGACCAAUUCAAGAAAGUUUCUGGGCGCGACGGUCCUCACUUGAAACUCAACUAUAAGCUCCUGGUGAAGGUUGAAGGAGCUCGAUUAGUGUUCGCCUUUGAAUGCGCGGGCAAGGAAUAUGCAAGUGUUGAGGCUGAUUUCGGUGCGUAA